AUGGGCGCUACCGCCGAGGCCUGCGGCAACGAACCUUGGGAUGCGGCGGUGCUGGUGCCGAUGCGCUCUGUCGAUUGGGUGCUUCCUGCCGCUGUGUGGGAGCACGUGGCCGACCACCUGACCUGCGAGGACCUGCUUGAGAUGCGGGCGGUGUGCUCCCACUGGCGGCGCGAGCUGGGAGUGCUGGUCAACUACGCGGUGGUGGUGCCGUCGCAGCAGCGCCGCCGGCAGGGCCGCAGCAGCCAGCACGGGCCGCGCGGCCCGGCCUCCCCCGGGACCCCUGGCGCAGCUGACGGCGGCCGCCCUGCUGAGGGCGGCGGCGGCCGGGGCGGCGGGCUCACGACGCGCCGCGCCCUGCCAGGAGGCAACCCACGCCGCGCGCGAUGGCAGCGCGCCAGCGGCAGCCUAACGGCGCCGCCCGCCAGCGGCGCCGAAGCAGGUGACGCCGCAGGAGGUUCCACCGCCGCCGCUGCGCUCAGCAACAGUGGGGGCUGCUCUCCCCCUGCAAGCGUGGUGGGUGGUGCUUUCCCCUUCCUGGAGUAUGCCUACGUGGCCGUAGACAGCGAGGAGGACCUGGAGGCGGCGCCAGAGGUGCUGGCGGCGCUGGUGGAGGCCAGCAGAGCCAAGGAGCUGCCACCCCACCGCGGCCGCAUGCGCUUCAGCCACCUCCCCGCGCUGGCGCGCCGCCUGCCGCCCGCGGUGCUGGCGCGCGUGACCACUCUGUGGCUGGACACCUUCCCGGACGAGGGGGACCAGGGGCAGUGGGCGGCACUGGCGGCGCUGCCGGCGCUGCGAGCCCUGGCAUUUCUGGUGGAUGGCAGUGCGUACUGA